UGUAUAGACUUUGGACACGCGUGAGUAGAGUUUAAGGAGCCAGAAGCUGGCUAUCUAGAAGCCACACCCGUAGAGGCCUUCCCCCCUCUCCGCAAUUUCUGUUGCAUUUGGUUCCGCCGAGACCCACGACGGUUCCGCCCCCUUCUUCCUUGUCAUUGAUGUUGUUGUUCUUGUCAGUGCCGCAGCCCCGACCGCCGGGAGCUCGAACCCGAGCCGGGGCCGCCCGGGUGGCGCGGUGGCGGCGGCAGCGGCUGCGGCUGCAGCAGCUGCGACGGCUGCGGGGGCUGCUCCGGGGACUGCGGGGACGGCCGGGGGCUGGCAGCCGGCGGCGGGGCCGGAUGGCUCUGUGCGGGCAGGCGGCAGGCGCCGCGUCGCUGCCCAGCGAGCUGAUCGUGCACAUCUUCUCCUUCCUGCCCGCGCCUGACCGGCUGCGGGCCUCGGCUUCCUGCUCGCACUGGCGCGAGUGCCUCUUCUACCCUGCUCUGUGGCCCCAGCUCCGCAUCUGCCUCCGCGUCUCCCCCGCGGAGCAGCCUCGGCUCGAAUUCCUCAUGCGCAAGUGCGGCUGGUUCGUGCGAGAGCUGCGUGUUGAGUUCGCCGCCGAGAAUUACCUGAGCGGUGGCGGCGGCCCAGGCGACGGAGGCGGCGCGGAUCCUGGGACUGGCGGGGAAGAAGUCGAGGCCCUGCAGCUCUCAACCCGUUGGCUGGAAGUGCUGCGCACCUACUUAGAGCUGGUACUGUGCGUGCUGGUCAGCAUCCGGAACAACAGGAACCUCCAGAAGUUUAGCCUUUUUGGAGACAUAAGUGUUCUACAACAGCAAGGAAGUUUGUCAAAUACAUACCUCAGCAAGGUGGACCCUGAUGGCAAAAAAAUUAAACAAAUUCAGCAGCUGUUUGAAGAAAUACUGAGUAAUAGUAGGCAACUGAAAUGGCUGUCCUGUGGGUUUAUGCUGGAAAUAGUAACCCCAACCUCACUGUCAUCUCUCUCAAACUCUAUUGCCAACACCAUGGAGCACCUGAGUUUGCUGGACAACAAUAUUCCUGGUAACAGCACCCUGAUCACCACAGUCGAACUGGAGCGAUUUGUGAAUCUACGCUCACUUGCCCUGGAUUUCUGUGACUUUACAGCCGAGAUGGCAAGAGUCUUAACCGAUAGCAACCAUGUGCCUUUGCAGCGACUGUCUCUCCUGGUCCACAACGUUUCCGUGAUGCACAAGUCUCUGGACAACAUGCCAAAUGAUGAGCAUUGGAAAGCCUUGUCACGAAAGAGCACCAGCCUCCGGGUCUAUAUAAUGGCCUUUGAUAUCAAGAGUGAAGAUAUGUUAAAGAUUCUGAAACCCAGUAUACCACUAGAGAGGAUUCAUUUUGACAGCUACAUCACUUGUGUUUCAGGAGCUAUUGUUGAUCUUAUAUCCAGGCAGUAUGAUAAGUUCCUCACUCAUUUUAUAUUAAUGAAUGAUGUGAUUGACACGUCUGGUUUUCCAGAUCUUAGUGACAACCGAAAUGAAGAUCCAUUGGUUUUAUUAGCAUGGAGGUGCACAAAGCUCUCUCUUCUGGCAAUUCACGGUUAUACAGUGUGGGCACACAACCUCAUUGCCAUUGCUCGUCUUCGUGGCUCUGAUCUAAAAGUACUUGAAGUCACUGAAGAAAGCAUUGAUUUUGACCAAGGUGAACUGGCCGACCAGGAUGUGGAUCCAGUGCAUAACCUUAUUGAGCAGGUAUCCCUGGGCCUGGGUCAACCUUGGCACGCGGUCAUGGACAUCGAAUCACUCAGUGUCUUCACUGAACCAAAUCGUCAUUUUUACAGAGAGAUGCAGAGCUUCAGCGAAGACAUUUAGCUUUUUUUAAAAAUGUACAAUUCCUGUGGUUACAUAUGCAAGUAGGGUCCUAUUAUGUUUUUUUUCAGUAGUGUGAAUUAAUCCCUUUGUGCUGUGUUUAAUCAGUAUUAGCUUUAUAGAAUUAUAUAUGUAUAUUCUACUUCUUGAUCAAAGAACGUAGUCGGGUAUUGGUUUAGAAGUUCAAAGUGACAGUGUAUAGGGCUUUCACGGUUAAUGGACUUGUUAUCCAACCUUAAGGAUAUACAACCGAAGGUUGUCUGAGGUUGCUGGCUAACUUUAUUUUUCACUGAGUUACUCUGCCUUUUGAUGUUUUUAUUCUUUGUGUGUCAGAGUUCAGAGCUCAGGAGCCAAAAUAUUUUUAUACAUAUAUAGAUAUAUAUCCAUAGCCUGGUGGAUUUGUAUGCAAUGCACCGCAUUCAUGCAUUGUGACAGCAUUUCAUUAAUUCUUAUUUGAAAUGGAAGAAGGGAGGAUAGUAUGAUCCCAAAUGAGUUAUCUUUAACAGAAAAGCCAAGACUUUAACUUUCAUUACAUAUAUAAUAGUUGACAUCACCAAUUACCAUUCAGAAUUUUGUAUAGUACUAGGUUAGAACACUGCUUAAUCCUUUUUUUUAAAAAAAUGCAUUUACCUAAAUGUGAAUACUCAAAUUGUUAGACUUUUUAAAAACUAUAUCUGACAUAAUUUAUUCAUCAAUUACAUUAUACAUUCAAGUUAGCUUUUUAGCCCAGAUUUCAAAUAGUGGAGGAAGAAACUGUAUUCCAGGGUAAAACCUCCUAAAGCAAAAUCUUUAAAAAACCGAGCUGUAAACACAUAUGCUUGCAAACAAACAUUAGUCGUGAAAUCCCUAGCAACGAGUCACUGGAUUUUUCUCUGUCAGCGCGCGUGUCAGCUGCCAAAGAAUAGACUUAACUGAAGAAGUGCCCACAUGCUGGCAGGGGCCGGCCCACUCUGGCCAGCCAGAUACUGCUAGAUUGUAAUAUUUAAGGUCGAAUUUCGACCUGUGGUACACAGCUGUGCUGUGGCUCAGUCAGCAACCUCAGAACUCUGAAAAAAACAAAACAAAAAAAAGAAAAAAAAACCAUGCACCUGUUUCACUGUGAAUAGUGAAUGUAAAGGAAAGAAAGGAAAAACUGAAAACUUGUUCUAUCACAGGUAUGAGCUGCUAUGAUACAUGAAGAACAUUCCAUGAAGUAUGUUUUAAAACCUUGUUAUAUCUGAGAGGCUUUAAAAGCCGAUUUAACUGUUUCAGGGCAACCGCGGUACAGACGUGGUCUCUGUGAGACUUCCACCUGACCCCAGUUUUAAGUGGUACGAAUGUUGUGCAUUUAAUGUUAAAGGACAGUCUGCAAUAAUAAAGUAAGUAGCCAACGUGGGUGCCCAGCAGUGCUGAGACCUGGCUGCUCUAUUGUAAGCUUUGGAAACACAAUUUAUGCAACAGAUGUCCAGAUAUGAUUCUAUUUAUGGAAAAAGUUUAUAUGUAUUUUACAAAUGGUUUUACCAUCUUAUAUUAAAAUGACCUUUUGACAGGUGUGCACUGUUUUGUCUCCAGUGAGCACAUACCAUGAGGAUUUUAUAUGUACAUCAGUAGUGUGAAUCCACUGGCACAGUGUGUGUAAAUGCCAGAUGUGGUGAGAUUUUAUCUUAUAAAUGUGAUCGGAUAAAAUAAAUCCUGACAGAAACUGUAAGGAAACCAGCUGAAUGUUUGACCUGAUGACUGAUGUUGUAUGGUUUAUGUUAAAUGUAUAUUCUUUUAAUCAACGAAUAAAGCAUUAAAAAGUGAUCAUUGUAAUAUACUUUAUUGUAUGCAAAGCAUGAAAACUUUUAGUGUUAAAUAAACUGCAAUCAUCCUUAUAUUAUGUAUAA